CAUUAUCUGUGUAUACCUCCUUAUCUACUGUGUUUAUUGUUAUUUUGGAAAUUUCCAGGAUGAUCUCUGGGAGAGGUGAUUCUCUGGACAGAUAUCUCACAGACUUGAUCUGUCGAGACAAGAAGAGCGAGCUCACUAAGAAGUGGGUGAAUCCAGACCAUGAAAUUAGACAGAAAGCACUUCAACUGUUCCCAGAGGCCUGUGAGAACCAUCAUGUGUUUGAUCGCUCCACUGAAGAACAUCCUAAAACAAGAGUGACAAUUCGCUCCAUCAAGGGUACAAAAUAUGAUAGCUUAUUUGAUGAAAAUUCCCUUGCUGUGUAUGCUGGAGGACCUGGUAGUAUGAUGGGUGCAGCUUUGAACAGUACUCUCUCAGGACCACAGCAAAAGGUCAUGUUUGUCACCUAUGAUUUCAAGUACUCCAAUGCUCGAUCUAGCUCCUACUUUUAUACGGUAUCCAAAGGCACCUCUGUCAGCAAUGACAGUUUGUUGAGGCCUCCAACCAUUCUUUACCAUUUUUUGCAUCGCCUGAUGUUAUCUAACAAGGGGCUUGAGGCUGAAGCAAGGAAGCUGAGCUAUUUGAAAGUCGACUUAUCCCUGAAGGGAAUAUUCUCAAGUGCAUCAAAUUGCCUCAACACAGCAAGUAUUCUUUCCCGUGCCUUUUACCACACUUACCGCAAUGUGAUCAUCGAUUCUAUCAGUCCUGCAAACACAGAUUGGGCUCAUAGUAGGAAUUAUGCAAGAUGCUCUGUUCCUAUUUUUCGAUAUCUAGAAGAUGUUGGUGAGAGUGUCGGUCUUACUAGCCACACUCCUAGUGGGAAACCAUCCCUGCUUGUUGAUACAGAAACUGAGCUUGGCCCGUCAAAAUCACUCCACCUCGAGUUCGAUAAAGAAGGGGCACAACUUGUUCAGAAAGAAAACAGAGAUCUUGUGAUUACUAACCAAAUUGCGUCCAAAGAGAUGUCUCCUUCGGAUAUCUCCGCUGCAUUGGGAGAGCCAGGAGAGAUUGACAGUGAUCUCACAGCCUUUGUUUAUCCGGAAGAUGGUCGUAUCAGUUCUGACAUGAAUGUCACCCUCCGCAGCAUUGUGGAAAAAACUGGUAACACCUGGAGUGAGGGGGUGGCUGUUGACAGUGUGUACAUCGAUGAAAAUGGAGUCAGGGGAGUUUUGUUUCAGAGUGUCAACACAGGGAAGAAGUGGUAUCAGCCAUGCUCCAGUGUGGUCCUCUCUCUUGGCUAUUCUGCUGUGUACGAAUUUGAACAGCCUCGACAAGCUACAUCAGCCAGGAUUUUGUCUUAUCCAAGAAAUAUCAUUUCUCUCGUUAAGUGGAAAUUUGGUCUAUCUUCGCCUGUGCCAAGCAUAACUACAGCUGCAGGAUGCUCUGGAUAUUUCCUCAUGAAAGGAAAGAUUGCAAUCAUUGGAGCUCACAACUCACACUGGACGGAGGUGGCCUACUCUCCUCAAGAAGAUCUCACUCUGGGUAAACUAACUGGAGGUGGAAACCUUGGCUCAGAAUAUGCAGCAGCUACCUACGCCCUCAACAAUCUGGAGCAUCUCAGGGCACUCUUCAAAGAUCAUUUUGUUGAUGUCCUUUCAGUCGAUAGUUGUCCUCGAUCUGUCAAUCCCAAAAAUGAAGUUCAAUUCUACAAACUUGCUCCAGGUUUAGUUGUUUCUGCAGGCCUUGGAGGGACAGGCAUGACACAAAGUGGAGCUAAUGGAGCCUUGUCCUACCUCUUGGCACACCCAGCAGCAUCCUCCAAGGAUCUCAUCCCUGGCUAUCAAGAUUUGCUCCAAGCUGCUGCCGCCAGUGAUCUUGUGCAUGAGCGUACAGCGACCACUCUUCGAGCUCUCAAUCUCAAGAGUUCAUUUUCAGCUACUGAACUAGUUUCAUUUGGAGCAGUUGGUUUGAGCUUGUACUACAUUGUGGACUGCUCUAUGAGAGUGCGUAAGAGGAGUGUGUUAAUAUCAAAGCAGCGAGUGUCAAGAUUAGUGCUCACUGUGCAAAGAAUGAUACGUCGUAUUCGAAUCUGAAUCGCAUACCCAAAGAACCGGACUGUAUAGUUACUUGGUAUAAUUAUAUAUAGCUAGUCACUAGAAAGUUUUUUUUAGACACAGACAGACUCUACAUAUAUUUUUUAGACGCUAAUUAUUAGUUAUUUUAUUUUGGGUACACGUAUUCACUGAUACGUUGUAGUUGGUGUGUGUGUUGUACAACAGUUUUCUGCAAUGAUAGCUCUGUGAUGCAUGAGCAACAAUAU